CACGGCAGUCUCGUUUUCAAACUAUCGCGAUAAGUUGUCUCGAGUACACCAGCUCUCAGCACAGUUACUACGCCAGUCGUGAGCCAACAGAGCAGAAAUGUGCUCUACCUCUGUGGAUCAUACCCAGGAUUUACCUGAACGCAUUGAAGAGCGUUGAAUAAUCAAAGCGAGCAUGUUUGAUCUACUCUUUGACUACUGAAAGGAAGAAAUCGACUAAGGAAAAGCGAUCGGUGAUCAACACCUGCGCGAGCAGCCCGUUUUGACAGCGAGUGUGUGGGAAGGAAUGGCAGCUCCUCGGCCGAUAAAAGGCAUCCUGAAAAACAAGAAUAACGCCGCCAGCCUUAAACCUGCGCCUGGCGAGUAUGUGGUGGAAAAACCUGAAGAAACCCCUGGACUUUCCGAUGAAGAUGCGCAAAAGAAAAGCCAGAAGUGGGAUGAGAUGAAUAUCCUGGCCACAUACCAUCCAGCAGACAAAGAUUACGGCCUGAUGAAGAUAGACGAGCCCAGCACACCUUACAACAGGAUGGUUGGGGAUGAUGAGGACGAGGGGUCCUUGAGUGAUUCAGAAGGGCGGGGUGCACUCCCAGCGGAUGACUUGACAUCAAAGCUGAUAGCAGCAGAAGGCUCAGAACCUCGAUUUAUGAAAGAGGAAGAAGAGGAGGAAGAAGAGGAAAGUAGUGAGGAAGAAGAAGAGGAGCUGUCCCCCGAGGAACAAGCCAAAAAGAAAAAUUUUCAAAUGAUGAGGAAGAAGCAUUAUAACGAGGGCCUCAACAUCAAGCUGGCUCGGCAGCUCAUCGCUAGCGAGCUCGACGAGGACGAGGACGAAGACGAGGAGAUGAGGGAUGAAACGGAGGAGGCUGAGGAGAUCAGCGUUGACCCGCCACAGGAAGCUGAUUCUUUGGACUCGUAGAUGAGCCGACACCUCCCAUUCGAGUACGUGUGUCAACUCACCUUACUGACUGACGACAUCACUGCGCCGCGUGUUUUCAAUGUCGCGCCAAACACCAGCUCCCCCCUCCCGCUUGAUCCAUUUAACUCCCCUAAACAGACGGUAACCUUCAAUUCAUCUGUCCGCACUGCUCCAAAAAAUGCAAUUGAACCUCAAACCUAGUUGCAAUGUCCUUCCCUGACACCAUGAAGGUCUCCAUCUCCCCUCCUCGCUGAGCUGGUGAGCUCUGAAUACAAUAUGAGUGUAAAAAGAUUUGAAGGCCAUUGAGGAAAAGAAGGUCAAGCAAGGGGAACCCCCGCCCUCUCAUGACUGUGCUUGUACCAGCUGCAGUUCAGGUGGACUUUGAAACUGUGACACACAUUUCUGGUUUGUUUUGACACGAUUGACAAUUUUAGUUUGAUGUCCAUAAUUGCUAGACACUAAGGAUGCUGCAGUAUCACACAAGUCAAAAGCGGAUUUUUUCUUUAAAAAACAAACAAACAAAAAAAAUCUACCAACACUGAUUUUUAUUUUUUUUCACUUGAUUUCUGGCUUAUUACAAGGCACAAAACCUCACUUAUCAUCUUAAGAAUAUCUCUAACCUCUUGAAUGACUUUUAUUUUAAACACUGAAAAUCAUGGUUAUCUUUAAAAAAAAAAAGCACUUUUCCAUGUACAGUUUGUUUCCCCCCCCCCUGCGCCUCACAAUAACGAGUGUAAAAGGCAAGACUGAUUUAGGCUCCACCUCUCUGUUGUUCUUGAGUGGAGGAAUGUUAUCUAACGUUCAAGGACGAAACAGUAUUAAGUCAUACAAGCGGUGCACUAAGUGCAUGUCCAUAGGAAGUCAGAUGUUGAAGGAAAUACUGUGCUUUUUCUUUCACAAUGGUCCUUUAUCAACUUGAACACAACCAAUGUUCACUGCGCUUGCUUAAUUUUGACUUUCCAUAACAUCUUAGCUUUAUCAUACAGAAUUUAACUGUAAAUUCUAAUGUGGGACAUGCAUUGAAUGGCCUAGUUCAUUUUGUGCUUAGCUAAUGUUCAAGCAGGAGGAAAAAAAUGCUACUGAUGAAUAAAAUAAUGAAUAUUGGCGUUA